AUUCUCGUAUGAAGAUAGAACGCAUAUGUUAAGUGAUAUACAUUUUCAUAUUUCUUUCAAUAAAGAAUUUAAGCAGUUCCACCGCAAUUUAUUACUACGUACACAACAGUUGGCGACGAGGAUCUACGAAUCUACGGUAAAUAACAACGGACAAUACAGAGAAUACCACCGACACGUAUAAGAAUCAUCAAUUACGUUCAAACAAGAUGUCUGCUCCUACACAUUCAAUACAUACAGUGUUUUCAAUCGAAACAUACGAUGUUUCAAAGAAAUUCGACCGUUGGUUAAUGCGCUUGGAAAGUGCCUUCGAAGUUUUCCUGGUUCCUAAUGAGAAAAAGGCUGCAUACUUAUUACAUUACAUGGGACCUGAUGCCUACGAUGUUCUCUGCGACAAAGUAUCACCUGAAAAUCCAAAUAAUAUGGAAUACAAUGACCUAAUUAAGGAAAUGAAACAACAUUACAAUCCUGAACCAUUAGAAAUUGCAGAAAACUUUCGAUUCUUACAAAGGAAACAGAAUGAAGGGGAAAGUGUUCAACAAUACUUAACUACUUUGCAACGUUUAGCUACGACCUGCAAAUUUGGUGAUUAUCUUAAGAAAGCAUUGAGAAAUCAAUUCGUGUUUGGCCUGAGAACACAAAAUAUUCAAAGUCGUUUGUUGGAAAUGAAGGACCUGACUAUAGAGAGGGCUCUAGAAGUAGCUAUCAGUAUGGAAACAUCAGCAAGAGAUGCGGCACAACUACACAGAAGCAAUGUGGCAAGUGCAAGUGUAAACAGUGUUAAGUGUGAAAAAGGCAAUAAUGACCGAUUUUCAUCUAAAAGGGCUUUUGCAAAGUCUUCAUCAAAUAAUUCCAAAAAUGUUAAUUUUAAAAAUUAUUGUUACAGGUGCGGAUCAUCUGGGAAAGGUUUGUUUCAAAAGUAAAAAUACAGAAAGUACAAAUCAAAUUGAAGAACUAUUUUCUAUUGAAUCCGAACAUAUCGAUUACAGGGAAAAAUUUAUGGUCAAAAUUAAAAUUGAAGGUAAAAUUUUAAUUUUUGAAGUAGACAGUGGAGCUGCUGUAAGUAUAAUGAGUUAUUCUAUGUUCAAAAAUUUCUUUCCUACUUUACAAAUUAAAAAAACUGAUUUAAAACUAGUCACUUACUGCAAGAAAGUGUUGGAUGUUGUGGGCUAUUCAAGGGUGGGUUGCAUUUAUGAAACUGAAACUCACAUUUUGAAUUUAUACAUUGUUAAUACCGAUCGAAAACCUAUUUUAGGCCGUGAGUGGAUACGUCAAUUGAACAUUAAAUUACAAAAUAUUAAUCAAAUUUCCGUUAUGAAUACACCUGAAAAUAUUUUAAAAAAAUACCCAAUAGUUUUGGAAAAAUCAAUGGGUAAAAUUCUUAAUAUUCAAGCUCGUCUUAAAUUGAAAAAUAAUGCAACACCUGUUUUCAUCAGAGCUAGAAAGAUUCCAUUCGCUUUACAAUCCAAAGUGGAAGAAGAAUUGUUGAAUUUAGAAAAGGAAGGAAUUUUAGUAAAAGUCAUGCGUUCUGAGUGGGCUACACCCAUUGUACCGGUUGUAAAAGCUAAUGGGAAAAUUCGCAUUUGUGGUGAUUUCAAAAUAACCUUAAAUCCAAACCUCAUUAUAGAUGAGUAUCCUCUACCUUCCAUCGAAAAUUUAUUUUCCACUAUGGCUGGGGGAGAUAAGUUCACGAAAUUAGAUUUACAACAGGCCUAUUUACAAUUAGAAGUACAUCCGGAUGAUCAAAAAUUUUUAACAUUAAGUACACCUAAAGGACUUUUUCAAUGUACUCGAUUAAUGUAUGGGGUUGCUAGUGCGCCUGCUAUUUGGCAACGCCUGAUAGAAAAUUUGCUGAAAGAUAUACCCGGUGUCUCAGUAUUUUUAGAUGACAUCAAGAUAACAGCCCCUGAUGAUAAUACACAUUUCGAGAGACUGGAAAAAGUUUUAUGCAGACUUUCAGAUCAUAAUAUAAGAAUUAAUUACGAAAAAUGCGAAUUUAUGAAAGAUAAAAUAGAAUAUUGCGGCUAUGUUAUAGAUAGGUCGGGCAUACAUAAAGCGAAAAAGAAAAUGGAUGCAAUCCAAAACGCAAAAAUACCUACUAAUAAAACUGAAGUCAGGGCUUUUACAGGUUUAAUCAAUUAUUACGGAAGAUUUUUAGAAAAUCUUAGUUCAAAAUUAUACCCUAUAUACAAUUUAUUGAAAGAAGGUGUAGAUUUCAAAUGGGACAUUAAAUGCCAAAGAGCAUUCGAUACUGUCAAGAAAGAAAUUAGUUCCGAUCGAGUAUUGGCUCAUUUCGAUCCUCAGUUAACAUUAAUUUUGGCUACUGAUGCCAGCCCCUAUGCGGUUGGCGCAGUACUUUCACAUGUUUAUCCAGAUGGUACUGAAAGACCUAUUCAAUUCGCUUCACAAGUUUUAUCGACAGUUCAACAAAAAUAUUCACAAAUUGAUAAAGAAGCAUAUAGCAUUAUUUUUGGUGUCAAGAAAUUCUUUUAUUACCUUUAUGGUAGACGUUUCACCCUGUAUACAGAUCAUAAGCCUCUUAUCCAAAUUUUUUCACCAUCAAAACAUCUUCCAACUUUGUCUACCACAAGAAUGCAACAUUAUGCAUUAUUUUUGCAAACAUUUCAGUACGAUAUUAAAUACAAAAAUUCAAAAGAACAUUCAAAUGCGGACGCUAUGUCCAGAUUACCUACAAACUCGAAGCAAAUUAAUAUGUACGAUGAAUCUGAUGCAUUUGAAAUAUAUCAAAUACAAAAUUUACCUGUCACUUUCGAAGAAUUACGAAUUGAGUCUUCGAAAGAGCGCAGUUUUUCCAAAUUAAUAAAAUCUUUACGCCUAGGUAAACAAGUAUCCAAAAAGGAUCGCUUCAAUGUCGAACAAUCUGAGUUUUCUUUACAGCAAGGCUGCUUGUUCCGUGGACAAACAGUUGUUAUACCACAAUCUUUACGUCCAAAAAUUUUGAAUGAGCUUCACUCAACAUAUUCUGGUAUAAUUAAGACGAAACAAUUGGCUAGAGGUUACUGUUGGUGGCCUGGAAUAUCAGUCGAUAUUGAAAAUAAAAUUAAAAACUGUUCUGAAUGUAAUAAAUUUAAAAAUAAUCCCGCUAAAUUUCCAUUUCAUCCAUGGGAAAAGACAAGUAAACCAUUCGAAAGAGUACAUAUUGACUUUGCCGGACCUUUCAUGAAUCGUUACUUUUUUAUUUUAGUUGAUUCAUAUACUCGUUGGCCGGAAAUACAUGUUGUCAAAAAUAUGACAGUUCAUACUACAAUACCUCUACUUCGAAAAAUUUUCAGUACUUUUGGUCUACCAGCUGUCUUAGUUAGCGAUAAUGGACCCACUUUUACGUCCUUUGAAUUCAAGAAUUUUUUGAGAGAGAAUGGAAUUUUUCACAAGUUCUCACCUCCAUAUCAUCCUGCUACAAAUGGAUUAGCAGAACGAUAUGUUCAGUCUUUCAAGGGUGUUUUAAAAACUCUGGGACAAAAUGAGAGAGACAUCGAAUUGAAUUUGUCUAAAUUUCUUAUUAAUUACCGAAAAAUGCCUCACACCAUUACCGGAGUGAGUCCUUCUUAUCUUAUGUUUGGUAGGGAUAUUCGAACAAGACUUGAUUUAAUUUUGCCUCUAAAAAAAUACGAACUAAAUAUUUCUAAAAAUACUGAUUUUAGAGUUUUCAGAGAGGGGGAAAGAGUCAUGGUUAGGGAAUACCUGGGGUUCGAUAAAUGGCAGUUUGGUACUGUGAGAAAGAAGUUGGGAAGUUUAAUUUAUUUAAUCGAAUUGGAUGAUUCUCGAGUUUGGAAGCGCCAUGUCGAUCAAAUGCGUUCCAUGGGUGAGGACACACCUUUGAAAAUUAGCAACACACCAUCUAACACAUUUAUUGAGCUUCCUACGAUAUUGCCUUCAGCGAAAAAUAAUGACAAUGAUUAUGUUGCUGAAAAGCAAAAUACUUUGGACGGAAAUGUUGUCCAAAAUAAAGAAAUUAAACCAGAUGGUGUACCACUAAAACCAGAAAUUCCAGAUGACGCUUGUACCCUAAGGAGAUCUACACGAUUGCGUAAAGCACCCUCACGAUUGGGAAUUGAAAAUUGUACUUAACUCCUACAGAGGGAGGAAUGUUGUAUCGUGUAUUUAAAUUGUUUGUAUUUCCCGGGGUUUUCUUAGGCGCAUAUAUUGUUAGUGCGCAAGUUAUGUGUGGUCUGGGAGAUUUCCGUCUUGAUCAAUUCAAUUCUCGUAUGAAGAUAGAACGCAUAUGUUAAGUGAUAUACAUUUUCAUAUUUCUUUCAAUAAAGAAUUUAAGCAGUUCCACCGCAAUUUAUUACUACGUACAC